CCUCUAGCAUCUCAUCUCGCAACAACUCUUGCGACAGUGUUCUUCAUCCCAGUCAACAUGUGCAAUUACAUUCAGACCCAAUAUCAUUGCGGCCACUUCCGGUUCCCCGUGCAGCGCUGGUGCCACGACUACGAGACAACCGGGAAGAGGAAUUGCCAGCCCGACGUUACUUGCGCUGAGUGGAGGGGUGAUGAGGUCUGUCCGGAUUGCCGACCGGUACCUUUAACAACUUGGGAGUGGAUGAUCAAAAGACCGCGGAAGAACUCAUUUGUGAUAGAGCGGGACCAGAUCCAUGACAGGAGUCCAUUUCGCCAUGUCCGGGGCUCGAGUGAUUCUGUAGAACAUGAUGGUUGGACCUUCAUUCGCCUCUUCUUUCUACUCUGGUCAGACUAGACCGAUGGCUCUCCCUUUCGCGCGACCGAUAACAUGUGAUCGUCGUCCUGGCUGACUAACCACCAAAGGACUGAAGAAUGAGCUCGAUCCUAAACGCCUUGGAGCGUGCCAGGGCCGUGCUGCUGCUCGUUUGUGAUCGAUGACCGGCAUAGCAGCUCGUGCGAGAUGACGUCUACCAGCUGCAUCUCUGACUACUCUUAGCGUGCCCACAGGGAUACAGUCAUGUGACCUCAAGAAAUGCAGGCAAAUGCUACGUUGAUGGAGGAGAUGGCUAUACGUGCAUUCGCGUCGGCUGGGAGUACUGUACAAUAGCG